AUGGCCGGGCGGCAGGCGCUCGAGGCGUCGCCCGGGCGGUACCAGCGCCGCCGCGACGAGAUCGACGACGACGACUGCGCCGACGUGCUCGGCAUCGACGUGCGUGGUCCCGACGCUGACCCGUUCGACAUCCCCGCCAAGCGCGCCCCCGUCGAGCGGCUCCGGCGCUGGAGGCAAGCUGCACUUGUCCUCAAUGCUUCUCGACGAUUCAGAUACACGCUUGACCUAAAAAAGGAGGAGGAGAAGGAACAAAUAAGGAGGAAGAUAAGGGCCCAUGCCCAAGUCAUACGGGCCGCUUUACUAUUCAAAGAGGCUGGGGAAAAGCAGAAUCAUGACACAGAGUUACCAGAAAUUCUCCCGUGGGGGUUUGUAAUUGGAGAGGAGCAGCUGACAGUGAUGACUAGGGAUCAUAAUUAUUCUGCUCUGCAAGAAUAUGGAGGGGUCAAAGGGCUCGCAAAUUUACUGAAAACCAACCUAGAGAAGGGAAUUCAUGGCGAUGUGGCAGAUUUGUCAUGCAGGGCAAAUGCUUUUGGGCCUAACAGAUAUCCUCGCAAGAAAGGAAGGAGCUUCUGGGUUUUUCUUUGGGAGGCCUGCCAGGACAUGACGCUAGUUAUCCUUAUCAUAGCUGCAGUAAUUUCUCUAGUACUGGGCAUUGCAACUGAGGGUAUCAAAGAAGGCUGGUAUGAUGGCACUAGUAUUGCAUUUGCGGUUUUUCUUGUGAUAGUCGUUACUGCUGUUAGUGACUACAAGCAGUCACUGCAGUUCCAACACCUCAAUGAGGAGAAGCAAAACAUACAAGUGGAGGUUAUUAGGGGUGGUCGACGGAUUCAAGUAUCAAUAUUUGAUAUUGUAGUUGGUGAUAUUGUAGCUUUAAAAAUCGGUGAUCAGGUCCCAGCUGAUGGUGUUGUAAUCAGCGGUCAUUCUCUUGCCAUUGAUGAGUCCAGUAUGACUGGGGAAAGCAAGAUUGUUAUGAAGGAUCAGAAGUCACCCUUUUUAAUGGCUGGAUGCAAAGUUGCUGAUGGUUUUGGUACCAUGUUGGUAACAACAGUUGGCCUUAACACCGAAUGGGGCUUAUUAAUGGCCAGUAUUUCAGAAGACAACAAUGAAGAAACUCCUCUGCAGGUGCGGUUGAAUGGAGUAGCAACAUUCAUAGGUAUCGUAGGGCUUUCUGCUGCUGCUAUGGUCCUCGUAGUCCUCUUUGCAAGAUAUUUUACAGGACAUACUACAAAUUCAGAUGGCUCUGUUCAGUUUGUUAAGAGGCACACGAGUGUGAAAUCUGCAAUAUUUGGUUCAAUAAAGAUACUAACUGUUGCGGUAACUAUUGUUGUUGUCGCUGUACCUGAGGGCUUACCGCUGGCUGUCACACUAACUCUGGCUUAUUCCAUGCGAAAAAUGAUGGCCGACAAAGCACUGGUGCGGAGGCUUUCUGCCUGUGAAACAAUGGGUUCAGCUACAACUAUUUGUAGUGACAAGACUGGUACAUUAACAUUGAACCAGAUGACUGUUGUGCAAUCGAUUGUCGGUGAAGUAAAGCUGCAACCUGCUGGUAAUGUUGAUAAACUGUCACCUACUGUAGUCUCACUUCUACUUGAAGGAAUUGCACAGAAUACCUCAGGCAGUGUGUUUGAGGCACAGGAUGGUAGCGUCGAGGUAACUGGUUCACCAACAGAAAAGGCUAUCCUAUCUUGGGGUCUUGAUCUUCGUAUGAAAUUUGCGGAGGAGAGAUCACGAUCUUCUAUAAUUCAUGUCUCUCCCUUCAACUCUGAAAAAAAGCGCGCUGGGGUUGCAGUGGUUGCGAGAGAUUCGGAUGUUCAUGUACACUGGAAAGGAGCUGCUGAAAUUGUUCUUUCCUUGUGCACAAGUUGGCUCGAUUUGGAUGGCUCACCACAUGAAAUGACACCUGAUAAGGCUAAUCAACUCAAGAAACUUAUAGAAGAUAUGGCUGAGCAAAGUCUUCGAUGUAUUGCUUUUGCUUAUCGAAAUCUUGAUCUUAAGGAUGUUCCAAGUGAGGAGCAAAGAAUCAACUGGCAAUUGCCAGAUAAUGAAUUGACUCUUAUUGGAAUCAUAGGGAUGAAGGAUCCUUGUCGCCCUGAAGUAAGAGACGCUGUUGAACUGUGCAAAAAGGCUGGUGUUAAGGUACGAAUGGUAACUGGAGAUAAUCUGAAGACAGCUAAAGCAAUAGCACUUGAGUGUGGAAUACUCGAUGACUCAGAGGCAUCUGCACAAGCUAUAAUAGAGGGAAGAGUUUUCCAUGCUUAUGAUGAUACUGAAAGGGAGAAUAUUGCCGACAAGAUUUCUGUGAUGGCACGAUCUUCUCCUAACGACAAACUUCUCCUAGUAAAAGCUCUUAAGAAAAUAGGCCAUGUUGUAGCCGUUACUGGUGAUGGAACAAAUGAUGCUCCUGCAUUGCAUGAGGCAGACAUUGGUCUUUCUAUGGGCAUCCAAGGAACAGAAGUAGCUAAAGAGAGCUCAGACAUAAUUAUUCUGGAUGACAAUUUUUCUUCUGUUGUGAAGGUGGUUCGCUGGGGUCGCUCUGUUUAUGCAAAUAUCCAAAAGUUUAUUCAGUUCCAGCUUACCGUAAAUGUUGCAGCUCUUGUCAUCAAUGUUGUUGCUGCUGUUUCCUCAGGAAAUGUUCCUCUAAAUGCUGUUCAGCUUCUCUGGGUUAAUCUCAUCAUGGACACACUUGGUGCUCUUGCUUUGGCUACUGAACCACCAACGGAUCAACUUAUGAGGCGGCCACCUGUUGGACGCAGAGAACCUCUUGUGACUAAUAUCAUGUGGAGAAACGUGUUUAUUCAGGCUGUCUUUCAAGUUGCUGUUCUUCUGACUCUCAACUUUAGGGGUCGGGAUCUUUUGCAUUUGACUCAUGACACACUAGAUCACUCCAGUAAAGUGAAAAAUACACUUAUAUUCAACACAUUUGUCUUGUGUCAGGUGUUUAAUGAGUUCAAUUCUCGUAAACCAGAAGAACUGAACAUCUUUGCUGGAGUUUCAAGAAAUCACCUUUUCUUGGCAGUAGUGAGCAUAACUGUUGUGAUGCAGGUGAUAAUUAUUGAGUUCCUCGGGAAAUUUACAUCGACAGUGAGACUCAACUGGAAGCUUUGGCUUGUUUCCGUAGCUAUUGCUUUUCUAAGUUGGCCCUUGGCUUUUGUUGGAAAAUUCAUUCCAGUUCCGAGCACUCAAUUGAAGGAUCACAUCUUAAGGUGUUGGCCUAAAAGUGGUGAGAGUGCAGCACAACAGACUCAGGAUGACAGAAUAGCAGAACCGCGGGUGUGA